AUGACGAUUGAUUUUAAGCGAAUACCAUGUUUCGCUCAUACUCUACAACUUGUUGUUAACGAUGGCAUCAAAAAUUCAGCUGCAGUCAAAUCGUCAUUAACAAAAAUAGCCAAAACUGCUAAAUUUUCACAUAUCAGUACAGUUUUUGCUGAACGUUUUGAGAUAUUAAAAGCUACAAUACUAUCAAAUACAAACAUUCGAUGCAAUAGUCAAUUUCAUACAAUAACAAAAGUUUUUCAAAUCGAUAUCGAUAAAUUGAAUAUUAUUUUAUAUGAAUUAAAUAAAUCUCAGUUAAUGUUAACACAACGAGAUAAACUAAUACGCGAUGAAUUUAUUUCGUUAUUCUAUUUAUUCAAUGAAGCAAUCAUACAAAUACAAGCUGAAAGUUCUCCAACGAUAAGUCUUGUUGGUCCUUGUCUAUUAAGUAUAUUAAAUGAUUUCGAACAUGAACAAGGAAAACUAAUCUAUACAAAAUCGUUAUGUAAAGCAUUAAUUGACACUUUAAAAACACGCUUUUUUUGA